GUUUUCUUACAGAUUCAGGCAAGCCAUUACUGAGUGGUCAUUUGCUGAGAUAUAUACGUGUAUCAAUCCCUCCUGUGGUGUGGAGAACAUAACAUGGAAGUUGAGAACAGUGCACAGACGAUAUGGUAACUUUAUUGUGUGAAGCUAGUGGAAAUAACGCCCCCACCAUGGCCGGAGGCUUUCCCCGUAGUUGUUCCUGGUCCGUCACGCCCGCCACCCCGCCGGUGGCCACCCUCUCGCCCCCGGAGCUGCCGCCACAAGCCAGGGAGGGCGGCCACCGCAGCAGGUGUUACAAUGACAUCUUUGAAAAACGUGCCAGUGUAUCGAUGGUGAUGAGCGCUCUCCGGAGCCCCACUCGCCCAGAAACUCACAUUCCGCGUGCAGACCGCAGCCCACGCCGCUCUCUGGGGGCAGUCUGGCGCGUCUCUUCCUCUAGUCCCGCACGCCAGCUGGGAGCCUGGUUAGGGCGAAGGCCGCGUUCCUUCGCUGGCACGGAAGACACCGGGGCGAGCCUGUACAUCAGUGGCCAGACUCUAGCGCCACCUACUUCGCCUGUGCCAUCACUGUGUUCCUCUUCUCCGGAACUGCCAUCGCCUCUUGAUGUGUCUGGCGGCCAACACCCGUACGGGGGGUCGGCCAGCACGGCUGCAUGCCUCAGCAGCAGCCCGUCAGCCACCUCCCUCGCCGCCCUCACGAAGACCAUCGCCCCGCGGCGGCCGACGCGUUUGGUCAUCAGUGGGCGCGCGCGGCCGCGUCGCCCCUAUCAUACGCCUUGUGUUACUAGGUUGUGCAAUGUGACAGUGACUCGGCUACAAGUAACACUCCCUCUUGGAGGCGACUUGAAUUCUGUCACCCUCGCCGUCAAGAUGCAGUCCUCUAAGAGAACUCUUCGCUCAAAUGAAAUCCCUGUCCCUCCCAGUGGCACCCUUGACACAGAGCUCCAGCUCACCUUCUCCCUACAGUACCCACACUUCCUGAAGCGAGAAGGCAAUACCUUGCAAAUAAUGUUACAACGGCGCAAGAAAUAUAAAAACCGUGCAUUUCUUGGGUUCAAGACUCUAGCUGUUGGAAUCAUCAACAUGUCUCAGGUUUUGCAGCGCCCUGUUGACCGUGACCUAGAACUGUACAGUGAGGGCAAGGAGAAAGGCUCCCCACUGGCCAAAGUCACAAUGGUGUCCCUCUCUUCACAACCCGUUGACACAGAUGAACCCGGAGAUAGAACAAAAUCCUUCAUGGCUGAUAAUCCUGCCCUGGCUCCUCUUACGGCUCUGAUCUUGCGGCGGCUCAUGCAAGGUACAACACAAGAAGGCUGCUCAUCAUUAUACCCUGAUAAUGCUCUUGGCCAACUCCCAUUCCAACCCCGGAUGCCGGCUCUCGAAGAUCGGUCAGUGGAUCUUGUGGAAGUGUACAGUGAUGAUGAUGAAGACUACAGUUCACAAGAUGAAGGAAGCGACUCUGAACCCAUUCUGGAAGGCGAAACAAGACGAUCACACCACCACCAUCACCACCACCACUUGAGAUCAAACACUCGUUCUAAAAGUUUACCUCCAAAUGCUCGACAACGAAAUCUGAAACAAAGGUUUAUUGCUUUGCUCAAGAGAUUUAAAGUUCCUGAGGCCUUUGAACAAGAUCAAGAGUUGGAUCCUAGAACUGGUGCUGAGGUAGAUGAAGCUGAAAUUGAAGAUUUGUUUGAUGAACUAGAAGGUCUAAGUGACUCUGGACCAGAAGUUGACACAAUCUCCAUCACCUCCACCCCCAAACCCUCACUCCGGCCAUACUUCUCCUCCUCUCGAUCCUUACUUAAUGAAGGGGGUCCAUACCUGCGAUUGAAGGUGCCAGGUGCGUUGCGUCCUCAUGGUGUCAAAGCAGAUAAGGUGGGAGCAGACAGAUUAAGUGAUGAGAGCAGUAAACGUGCAGACAGUGACCACAUGGAGAACUGGACCGACCAGGAGCACUCUGACCCCCAGUGCAUCGCCUCCUCUCCCCCACGGGACGACAAGAACAAAAGCAACAAAGCUAAAUUGUUCAACAGAGAUCGCAGCAACAUGUCUCUGAAGGAACGGAAAAGUAUCUCCUCCACUGGCGGAUCAACACCACGGCAAGAAAAGACAGCUGUGGAGCGCUCCAAUUCCAGUGCCAACGUGGAUUCUAGUCCAAGGAAAGUAUUAUUAGAACAGUUGGCAAGAGUAUUACCGGUCGAGGACGUCCAGCUCCCCGACCAUGUGAUUCUGGUCAACACAGCAGAGUCUCACGGGCCUCUACUGGCAGCGCACCUCACCGAGCAUGGCCACCGGGUCAUCACAACCAUGGCCCUAGCGGAUGUUAAGGCCACCGUGUCUCAUCUUGUAAAUAAGCUUCAGAAAUUCUGUAAUAGUAACCUAAAGGCCCCGGGUCCGAUGAAGGUGGUGGUGGUAGGCUCCGACCUGUACAUCAGCUGUGUUCUGAGGCCAUAUGUCGAUCAGUUCUCGUCAAAACCUCCAGACUUCCAGAAUCACAUUAGAUUCCUUAUCAUUCCUCUUGGUGUAAAUAGUCUAGCAAAGUACUUAGGGUCAAUAGAUUCUACAUAUGGUGCAGCUUUUGUUAGUGAAUCCUGGAGAGAAGUCAUAGAGAGAUGGGAAAAGCCAGAUGUACAGGAAGUUGUCAACCGUGUCCAUAGAUACCUGACACAGGCACAGCAGACACUGCACCUCCCCAUUGCUGAAGCCAUGCUGACUUACAAGGAAAAGAGCGGAGACGAUGAGUCCUCACAAGCUUUCGUGCCAUUCAUCAUGGACGUGCGGUUGGGGAGCGGUGAUGUGACUUCAACCUCAGUUGAUCUGGAAGACACCAUAACAGCCCCUGCAGCUGUCAUCCUUCCUGGGUCACCCCCAGCAGCAUCCACUCCCACCUCAGGACUGAACAUUGAUAAAGCCCGGGAAAAUAUAACACCGCCAUCAUCACCCAACAUCAAUAGCUCACACUUAGCCAACUAUAAAAUACUGGGAGAAAGUGGAUGGCAAGAGCCACUAGACCUCCAGGUUGAUUACUGGCUAGUCAGAGGUUCUGGCCGAGAAGAAAAAGAAAAGGACAAGGAAAAGGAGAAGGCUCGCAUUGAGGGAGGGAAGUACACUCUCAAAACAAGCUUUCGCACAUUGCAAGUUGCUCGUCUUGCACCUCUUGGAGUGACUCAGCCAUUUGAUCCCAGUUCCUGUCAUCACCUCACUCUUUCCUAUGCUACUAAAGAAAAGAAACAGAGAAUUAUGCGACUAGGCAAGAAAAAGGAAAAGGAACGAGAAACAGAGAGUCGGCGAGAAGUUGUCGAUGGCGUGAGCAGGCUGCUGGGGAGCGCCAAGAACCAGCCAUUUAGAGUGAGCAUAGACUCAGCCGAGUGGACAAAUGUAAAGUUCUUCCAGUUGUCCUCCCAGUGGCAGACACAGAUCAAGUCCUUCCCCAUCUCUCUGUUCAGCCUCCAGGACUCAAACUUGUGACUCAUUUCUUCAAAGGAUUCAGAAAGUUAGUAGAUUGCUUAUUGAGGAGCAGUUGCUCAAUAGAAGAGGAAGCCAGAAGGAUGGAUUAUGUUAAUAUCACAAUUUUCUAAGUCAUAGCAUUUUUUAUGUAAUAUUAAGUACUGAUAUGAAAUGUGCUAGAAUGUUUGUAUUUUCUUUUGAUUAAAUAUUGUCAAUGAUUCUUUAUGAGGUACUCUGUCUCUUCCCAUAACUGUUGAGGAGUGAAGAAGUAGCUUUAUUUUAUAAUGUAGAAAAAUGCAAGGGACUCUGGUGCAUUAAUGUAGUGGAAUUGUACUCUCCUGUGAAUAAUACACAUUUUGAAUUAUUUUUGCAUAUUGUGGAUUAGUAGUGCAUACAAAUUAAAUCAUAAAUUCUUUUCUACAUGGAAUCAUUGUGCAUAUCUGUCCGCAAUAUUUUCAGAUGAUGAUGGGUCACAAUAUCACAUCUAAAUGUAGUCCUCAUCCUGCCGAGUUGAUGCUUCUUAAUUAAUAAAACUUUACAGUUGUGUAUAACUUUAUUUUGAAAAUAAGGAAUUUGUGGAAUGUCUAAACCUUACUUUUGCUACAUGUCACACAUAUGCUGGUGAAAGUUCCUCUUAACUUAAGACUUGUUUGAACCAUUGUGUUAUUCAUCAAGGAAUACAAUUUUAUUUGGUUGUUUUCCUGAAGUUUGAAUACCAGUGAAGCUUACUUAAUUUCUGUUGAUAUAAACAAGUUUAGAUAAACUCUAAUAAUAGUUUAAAAGUGUCAUAGUAAUAACAUCUAAAUAUACAAUGGUGUUUCUUUGCAAUUCAUAUUAAAGAGAAGGACAGAUUUGUUUACUUCAACUGCACAAGGAUUACAAUAAGUCUGUUGACAUGGCUGUCUUAACUUAAAAGUAUUAUAUUAUUAUUAUUAUUAUUAUUAUUAUUAUUAUUAUUAUUAUUAUUAUUAUUAUUAUUAUUAUUAUUUAUUAUUAUUAUUAUUAUUAUUAUUACUGACUGGUAUCAGGAGAAACCAUCCCUAUAUGCAAUGUGCUCCAUUCUCAAUUCCAUUCUCAAUUAAUUCAGUAUACAGUGGAAGUAAUUUUAUCAGAACUCAAUUACUGAAAUCAUUCCAUGUUUAUGAAUUAAAUAUCAUCAUCUCUUGACAUCUCCAGUGUGGUCAACUCAAUCCUGCAAUCUGCCACCUGGCUUGACCCUUCAACUUCCUAUACCCAGACAACAUCCACAACCAUGUUUCAUUUUCUUUCCUGUCCCUCCUUCAAACUGAGGUAUCCUUAGGGCAGUGAUGACAAAGGGAUCAUACUUCUUUCAUAAGAUUAUCUUACAAAUGUGUAACAAAUCUAUGUAUUUUGAAUUUUAUCAAAUAAAUUAUCCUAAUUUUG